ACCUGUGCGCCAAAACUCUGACAGCCUUUCGCCUCACCUGGACCGUCUGCGAUGGAGAAAAGCAGAUGAAAUAUGAUGAGGAUUUUACUUUUCUGCGCGCAUUUUUCCAACAAGGGCGAGAGCAGCGGAGCAGAGCCGAGACAGAGUUUACUCCCAGAAGAAAAGCACAGCGGCAGCACCUCUGUAGGGCAGACAGGUUUUUAAUGCGUCACCAUCCUGUCAUGUGGUAAUCAUCUCAGCGUAACCCAAAAGACACUGAACAACACUUUGAGCAGGUGACCUCAUCCACAGAUUUGCACCUGCACGAGCUGCUCACAUGGCCCACCCGUACGAGCCCUGGUUACGGACAGCACCACCUAGUGGCAGCUCAGACGACAUGAACAUCGCUUCCUGGUGGGACCUUCACAGAGACGUCCAAGCAGGCAGUUGGAUAGACCUACAGACGGGUCAAGGUGUGGGCCUGCCUUCAGUGAAUCCAGGCGGCUCCAUGGGUUUGCAGCCUUCUCUGGGGCCCUAUGGCUCUGACCCACAGCUGUGCACCCUGCCCCCGGCUCAGCACGCUCCACCCUCGCAACCAUCUCAUCUCUUCCCCCAGGACGGCUUCAAGAUGGAGCCACUGGCCCCUGAAAUGCUGCAGCAAGAAACCUUCUCGAUGGAGGAACCUCAGGAGACGUCUGUGUCAGCUCGCCCCAAGCCGCAGCGCCGCUCUUCUUCCAGAGGCGGCAGCCAGGCUGUGUGCCGCUGCCCUAAUUGCGUCCACGCUGAGCAGAUGGGCCAGAGCACUGACGACAGCAGGAGGAAGCACAUGCACAAUUGCCACAUCCCCGGCUGUGGCAAAGCCUACGCCAAGACCUCCCAUCUGAAGGCUCACCUGCGCUGGCACAGCGGAGACCGGCCGUUCGUCUGCAACUGGCUGUUCUGUGGCAAGAGGUUCACGCGCUCCGAUGAACUGCAGCGACACCUACAGACGCACACCGGAGCCAAGAAGUUCAGCUGCGCAUUAUGUCCCAGAGUGUUCAUGCGCAACGACCACCUGGCCAAGCACAUGCGCACCCACGAGUCCCCGCCAGGACAAGGGGAGGACAGGCUAAACGGAGAUGGGAGGGGGGAUAAGAGCUUUGAUGCAUCGACGCCUCCCCAGUCGUCCUCAAACGUGUCUGACAGCACAGAUCCUCCACUGAAGCUGAAGUGUGAGACAGACGCCUCCGUCUCCAGCGUGACGGGGCAGUCGGGCUAGCUGCGCCGCGUUCAGUUAAAGGGUUGCCAUCACCUCACAGAGGUGUCAUAGUUUCACGAUAGAUUAGAGAGUAGAAGGAAGGUAUGAACGCUCUUUCACUGAUGAACACUGGAUGGAACAAAAAAAUAUGUAUGUGUGAUCCUGUGAAUUUAUCACACAAAUGUGAUAAACCGUGAUGCCACGGCACGCUGAAAAGCAGGAAUCCUAUUGAUCUUGUGUGUAAACCUUUCGUCUGUGACUACUAAAGGUGAAAGGUGGCGAAGGAGGCGACGGAGCUGAAGCUGCAGCUUGUUGCUGGACUUCGAUUGCUGCUAGCGCUACAGCCACCAGUAGCCCAAGAGACUGACAUGAGUUCGUGAGAAGGUGGUUAGGUGACUUGUUUACAAUCAGAUCAAAUGUGUAACUGGAAGAAAAGAGCAUUGAGUUUAACAGUUUCAAGGAAAGCAGACAGUAAUAUUGAUAUUUUCCUUAUGUUCAGACUGUUACCACAUGUGUGUGUGUGUAGCCUACUCUACUGGAAGAAGAUGUAGGUUAGCAGCCAUUUGAAUGGGUGAAAGUGCAGAAGACCAAAGAGUGUGACAAUAAUUAAAAUGGUCUGUAAUUCAAAGGAAAUACAACUUUAAUGUUGUACUAUGGCCAAAAUAAGG